GCGGCAGCAGCAGCAGCAGCCCCUAGGCCCCUGCACAGGAGGAACCUUGGCUGCCGGACCCCUCCUGACUUCUGAAAAUGGCGGGUGAAAUCACCGAGACGGGGGAGCUUUACUCUCCCUACGUCGGGCUGGUGUACAUGUUCAACCUCAUCGUGGGCACGGGCGCACUCACCAUGCCCAAGGCCUUUGCCACCGCUGGUUGGCUCGUCAGCCUCAUCCUGCUGGUGUUCCUGGGUUUCAUGAGCUUCGUGACCACAACUUUUGUGAUGGAAGCCAUGGCCGCAGCCAACGCCCAGCUCCGCUGGAAGAGGAUGGAAAGCCACAAGGAGGAGGAAGAGGACGACUCCUCCACAGCCUCUGACAGUGACGUUCUCAUCCAGGACAAUUACGAGCGGGCAGAAAGGCGGCCCAUCCUGUCUGUGCAGAGACGUGGAUCUUCGAACCUUUUUGAAAUCACAGACCGGGUGGAGAUGGGGCAGAUGGCCUCCAUGUUCUUCAAUAAAGUGGGCGUCAACCUGUUCUAUUUCUGCAUCAUUGUUUACCUGUACGGGGACCUGGCCAUCUAUGCCGCAGCCGUUCCGUUCUCCCUCAUGCAGGUGACCUGCAGCACCCCUGGCAACGACUCCUGCGGUAUGGAAGCCGAUACCAAAUACAACGACACUGACCUGUGCUGGGGUCCCAUCCGCCGAGUGGACGCCUACCGCAUCUAUCUGGCUGUCUUCACCCUCCUGCUUGGGCCCUUCACUUUCUUUGACGUCCAGAAGACCAAGUACCUGCAGAUCCUGACCUCCCUCAUGAGAUGGAUCGCCUUCGCCGUCAUGAUCGUGCUGGCCCUGGUCCGCAUCGGGCGCGGGCAGGGGGAGGGCCACCCGCCCCUGGCGGACCUGGCCGGGCUCCGGAACCUGUUCGGCGUGUGUGUCUACUCCUUCAUGUGCCAGCACUCGCUGCCGUCCCUCGUCACCCCCGUGUCCUCCAAGCGCCACCUCACGCGGCUGGUCUUCCUGGACUACGUGCUGAUCCUGGCCUUCUACAGCCUCCUCUCCUUCACCGCCAUCUUCUGCUUCCGCGGCGACAGCCUCCUGGACAUGUACACCCUCAACUUCGCGCGCUGCGACGUCGUGGGCCUGGCCGCCGUGCGCUUCUUCCUGGGCCUCUUCCCCGUCUUCACCAUCAGCACCAACUUCCCCAUCAUCGCCGUGACGCUCCGCAACAACUGGAAGACGCUCUUCCACCGGGAGGGGGGCACGUACCCCUGGGUGGUGGACCGCGUGGUCUUCCCCACCAUCACGCUGCUGCCCCCCGUGGUGGUGGCCUUCUGCACCCAUGACCUGGAGUCCCUGGUGGGCAUCACGGGCGCCUACGCGGGCACCGGCAUCCAGUACGUCGUCCCCGCCUUCCUCGUCUACCACUGCCGCAAGGACACCGAGCUGGCCUUCGGCGGCGGGACGGCCAACAAACACAGAUCGCCUUUCCGCCACAGCUUCUGGGUGGGCUUCGUACUGCUCUGGGCUUUCUCCUGCUUCUUCUUCGUCACGGCCAACAUCGUCCUCAGCGAGACCAAGCUCUGAUGGCAGGACUACACGUGCGUCCAUGGUGACGAGCAUGGUGGCAGCCCCCCACCUGACCUCCGCACCCGCAGAGCCAGGAGCUGGGUGCCUCCC